GCGGUUGUGGGCACGAUGUCCGGAGCCGGCUCCGGUCCCAGCCGCGACCUUAGUCCCAACCCCAGGCAGUUUUAUGUCUGAAGGGCCUUUGGGUUUUCUUAUCUGAAAGAUGGGACCAGUGAGCCCCUGCCUCGCUGGGUUAUGGUGAAGAUUUAGAUGCUCGUAAAAUGGUUUGGCAUGAGAAAUAAUCGAAAGUGCCAACAUUUAACUCUGCAUCAGGCGCUGUGCUAAGUCCUUCAACUCACUGAGCCUUGACAGCAACCUUAUCAGACCGUGGCAGUCAAGGGCAGAGCCAGGAGACCAGGGAGGAGGCAGCUGCAGUGGUCCAGACAAACAUCACUCUUUGGAGGGUCGUCUGAGCCACCGCCACACACAGCCCUUUGCAGGGAGGCCGUGGACCCUCCCCCAGGCUCCCCAGGAGGGCAGGACUAGGCAGGGAGGCGACACUCAGCAAUCUGCAAUCCGUGUCUCAUCACCUCUUCGGAUCAGCCGAUCAGUCGAGGGCGAGGACCAGUAGGCAGCUUGCAAGAUGGGUGAAAGGAAAGGUACAAACAAGUAUUACCCUCCGGAUUUCAAUCCCGAAAAGCAUGGCUCUCUCAACCGAUACCACAACAGCCACCCGCUACGGGAGCGGGCUCGGAAGCUGUCCCAAGGCAUCCUCAUUAUCAGGUUUGAGAUGCCCUAUAACAUCUGGUGCGACGGCUGCAAGAACCACAUCGGCAUGGGUGUUCGUUACAAUGCAGAAAAGAAGAAGGUUGGCAAUUAUUACACAACGCCCAUCUACAGGUUCCGGAUGAAAUGCCACCUGUGUGUCAACUACAUUGAGAUGCAGACGGACCCCGCCAACUGCGACUACGUGAUUGUGAGUGGCGCCCAGCGCAAGGAGGAGCGCUGGGACAUGGAGGACAACGAGCAGGUGCUGACGACAGAGCAUGAGAAGAAGCAGAAGCUGGAGACGGACGCCAUGUUCCGCCUGGAGCACGGCGAGGCCGACCGGAGCACGCUCAAGAAGGCCCUCCCCACCCUGAGCCACAUCCAGGAGGCCCAGAGCGCCUGGAAGGAUGACUUUGCUCUCAACAGCAUGCUGCGGAAAAGGUUCCGGGAGAAGAAAAAAGCCAUGCAGGAGGAGGAGGAGAGGGACCAGGCGUUGCAGGCUAAGGCGAGCCUGACCAUCCCGCUGGUGCCCGAGACGGAGGACGACCGCAAGCUGGCCGCCCUGCUCAAGUUCCACACCCUGGACUCCUACGAGGACAAGCAGAAACUCAAGCGGACGGAGAUCAUCAGCCGCUCCUGGUUCUCCUCCACCCCGGGACCCCGCGCCGGCAGCAGCAAAGCCGGCAGCGUCCUGAAGAAGCUGGCCCAGAACCGCAGAUGCGCACCGGUCGGCUCCCCCAUCACCGUAGAGGACCUGGGCAUCGUGCGGCGGCGGUCCCGAGAGGCCUUGGAGAGCCUCCGGCUCGCCGCGGAGACCCCCAAGCCUGGGGAGCCAUGGGUGCCAGAGGGGAACACCCAGGACAGGCCCGCAUCCCCCCCAGACUGCUCUCCGGAGACAGCCGAGACCCCCAGGAGCAGGGGGCCUCCGGGGCAGGCGGGGAAACGUCCGGACAGACCCCGGUCCCCACCAGGCCCCUCUCAGGAGGCAGCCGCCUCCCGGGACACACCACACCCGGGCACCCUCAGCUCCUCCCUGGUGGCCGAUUACUCCGACUCAGAGAGUGAGUGAGCAGUUCUGGGCACUGGACCUGCUCCAGGGGCUGCGACCCAGCCAGGAGGCCCCUCCCGGACUGCAGCCUUGCUUGCCCCCCAGCCCUCCGAGCGCUCAGACGCUGUCCCUCCCGAGACCUCGCCUUCCUGCAGCAGUGGAGCUAUUUAUUUGGUCCUGGAGAGGCUGUUUGUGCCUUGUGGGACGACAUCCCAACAUUAAAGCCCUGCUUCUUUG